AUGACAAAUACAAUUGUUGAAGAAAAAACUGAAAGCACAACACUUUUUGAAUUUCCAAGUAAUGAAACUGGAGUUGAAGGUAUCAAUUUGACACCAAUAAUGGGUCAAAAAACAAAUGAUCAAAAAGAAAAUGAAGACGAUGAAGGAAAUUGUGAAGAAGAAAAUGAUAAUGAUGGAAGUCAACCUGAAGUGGAUUACUUGCUUGAUUCAAAUGAAGCAGAGAAUGAAGGAAUAAAGAAUGAUGGAGAUAAGAAUAAAAAAGAAGGUGAAACUGAAGUAAAAGAGAAAGAAGGGAAGAACAAUGAAAAUGACAAUGAUGAAGAGAAAAAAGAUGAUGAUGCUGAAGAAACAAAUAAUCAUGAAGAGACUAUUCAACAAACUGAAAAUGAAAAUUUGUUGGAUAAAGUUGUUGAAAACAUUGUGGAUAAUGUCCUUGGAGUUGGAAUUUCAAGUUUAAAUAGUCAAGAAGAUGAAAUCUGGAAUGACCCUGAAAUGAAAACUAUUUUGGAUAAUAUUGAUAUAGGGUCACCAAUGAGUAGAAGUAAAAGUAAUAGUCUUGCAGAAAAGGAAAAAUCAAAAGGUGUACAUGAAGAAGGAAAAGAAGUUGAAAAAACGAACGGAGAUGAUACAGGCAAGGAAAACUCUGAACAUACAAAUAAACAAGGAGCAGAAGCUAAGAACACGAAAGAUGGAGGUGAAGAUAAACAAACAGAAAUUGAGAAAAGAAAUGCAGAAGAUAAAGGAAAGAAAAAGUCAGAAAAUGAAAACAAUGAAGGACAAAAAGCUGACAAAAACAAAAGGGAAUGA